UAAAACUUAAAACCCGCUUCCCGAGUGCAGGUUUGCGCUGCGGACGAAAUUCGCUAGCCAAAGUCAUCCCACCGACACAGCGCUGUACGGUUCGGUUUUGGGAACGAUUGCAACGAUUGCGAGUAAAAAUUUAAAUUAUUUUGUGCCAGCUUCGUCCGUUCGUCAUCAUGAACGCGGUAUCAUGGGUCUUGUUCUGUGUGGUGGCAAUUUCGUCACAGACGCUGGCAACACCCGUAAAGAGAAACUCUGAAAUCGGUAUGGAGAUGGCGAGCUCGCUGGAGGAAGUUGGUGGCAACUUUGAAGGCGAUAUCGAUCUUACCAGCGAUCAGGAGAAGGCGGUUAAAUAUGGCUACACCGCUAUCAUUGGCGAAUCGUUCAAGUGGCCGAACAACAUCGUACCGUACGUGAUCGAUACAACAGCGUUCACUAUUAGCCAGCAGAACAGCAUUCUGUCCGCUAUUCAGCAGAUCGAGCUAGUUAGCUGCGUCCGCUUUAAGCCACGCACGACCGAAGCUGAUUACGUAAAAGUUAUGGGUGGCUACAGCGGCUGUUGGGCUAGUCUGGGUCGCCGUGGUGGUGCUCAGACGGUGAAUCUGCAACCGAACGGCUGCAUGUCCCGCGGGACGAUCAUCCACGAAUUCCUACAUGCGCUCGGGUUCGUGCACAUGCAGAGCGCCUCGGACCGUGACUUCUACGUGACGAUCAACUGGAGCGCAAUCCAGGCGGACAAGGCUUCCAACUUCGAUCGGUACGGUCCGACCGUGGUGGAUGACUUUGGCAUCCCGUACGAUUACGAGAGCGUGAUGCACUACGGUUCGACGGCGUUCACCUACAGCGGACAGCAAACGAUCGUACCGAAGACGAGUGGCGUUACGAUCGGGCAGCGUGUCGGCAUGAGCCUUAAGGACAUCAGGCGACUGAACGCUCUGUACCCGAACUGCUACUAAUUUCGGUACGGAUGAUUCGAUUGGGCGAAAAGAUCAAUUCAUACAGAAUGUAGGUUUAGUAACAGUGUUGUUCAGUUGUUUUCAGAUUCAUAUAAAUAUAGGAAGGUAUAUAAGGUUUUCGAGAGAUUAGCUUUUAGUUAAGCUUAAGUGACUAGACAGUAAUUAUUGAAGAUACAAGCAAAGCCUUGGAAACUUCUUUCAUUAAAGUACAACGUGCCGUCA